AUGUUGCUGUACCUUCUACUUUUUUUAGCGUCAAUUUUGGCGACAUCUCAUGCAGGUGUAACUACACUCGACGACGACGAUGUCGUUUCGAGGAUGCGCCAUGGAAUCGGAGCUCCAGCUUUUUUUUUCCCCUACCAAGUUCGUUUGCAUGACCACGGGAACUUCUUUUGCGGGGGUGCGAUUAUCCACAAACGUUACAUUCUCACGGCAGCUCAUUGCUUGGUGGAAAAAAAGCAUAAAGUAAACAAAAUAACAGUGACUGUAGGAACGAACAAGUUAGAUUUUAAAAAAGGAACGAUUUACAAGUCGGAAAAAUUCAUCCUUCAUGAGAAUUACACACGAAGAGCCGUUGAUCUGUUCAAGGACAGAAGGAAGAUGCACAACGACAUUGCAUUGAUUCGCAUGAGUGAGGAUAUAAAGUUCAACAGGGACGUUAAACCCAUCGAACUCGUCCCGUCUGAUUACAAAUAUACAGUCGGUGAAAAUCUUUUAUUGUCAGGCUGGGGAUUAAGAUCCAUAAACUCUACCAGUCCUGAUCACUUGCUAAUGGCCAUUGGCAAAAUUACAAACUUUGAGGAGUGCAAGAAAUCAUGGAGGAAAAUAACAACUGUCGAUAAUGGAAUGAUCUGUUACACAGGAACGUUGCAAGAAAGCUCGUGCAAGGGUGAUUCUGGAGGUCCCGCUGUCAAUACGAAAAUCAAUCGCCUCGUUGGAAUUGUUUAUGGUUCAGUGGACUGCGGUGCAAGAGGGCAUCCAAGUGUGCUCACGAGAAUUUCUCAUUACGUCGACUGGAUCAAGCGUCACACGGAGAAUUAA